ACAAAUUGCAAAACAAUGUCUUUAUUCCUCCUUGGUGUUGUGUCCAUUGUAGUUAUUGGAUUCGUGGUCUAUUUGUUCAAGUUUAAGAAUCAAAUCAAGGGUUAUCACUUGACAAAUGAAAAUGUGACAGGAACCUAUCAAGAUUUAUUCGCACAAGAUACCAAAGAUACUCAUGAUAAGAGAAAGAAUGCUGGAUGGGAUGUUGCUGGUAAAUAUUAUGAUAUGGUGACUGAUUUUUACUUGUAUGGUUGGGGAAGAUCUUUCCAUUUUGCUCCAAGACACAAGAAGGAAAGCAUGAUUGAAUCCAUUCAAAGACAUGAAUACUGGUUGGCCAAACAAAUGGAUCUCAAAAAGGGAAUGAAAUGUUUAGAUCUCGGUUGUGGAGUCAUGGGUCCAGCCACCAACAUUUCUCGUUUCACAGGAGCUCACAUCACAGGUGUCAACAAUCAUCCUUAUCAAUCUCAACAAGCCAAAGAAUACAUUUCACAAAUGGGUCUCUCAGAACAAUGUCAAAUUGUCAGAGGUGAUUUCAACAAUUUAGAUGACAACUCAGAUCUCCCAUCUGAAUCCUACGAUGCUGCCUACACAAUCGAAGCUUCCUGUCAUGCCAAAGAUCGUCCACAUUGUUACAAACAAAUUUACAACAAACUCAAACCAGGUGCAAUUUUUGCAGGUUACGAAUGGGUCAUGAUUUCUGGAAAAUAUGAUUCGAAAAAUGAAGAACAUAACAAGAUUAAAUUUGACAUUAUGAAAGGAGAUGGUUUACCAGAAAUUCUCAUGGAUAAGGAGAUUGAUGAAUCAUUGAGAAAGGCAGGAUUUGAAGUUAUCAAAACUGAAGAUGUAGGUGUCACUGAUCAAAUUCAUCCAGUGCCUUGGUAUCAACCAAUUGACAAUGGUGGUUGGGAUUUUACAAGUUGGUUCCAAACUUCAUAUGGAAGAUUUAUUGUUCACAAAUUGGUUGGAAUUUUGGAAAGUGUUGGUUUAGUCCCAAAAUCUUCACAACAAGCUUAUGAAUUUUUGAUGGCUGGAGCUAGUGGAUUGGUUGCUGGUGGAAAGACUGGAAUUUUUACACCUUGUUAUUUCUUUAUGGCUAGAAAACCAUUAACUGCUGCAGAAUAAAUGUUUAGUUUCUUUUA